AUGGACGAUACCUGCGUCGUCUGCGCCGAAAGCCUCGAGUGGGUGGGUUACGGGUCCUGCGGUCACCGGGAGGUCUGCUCCACGUGUGUCGUACGCAUGCGCUUCGUCCUCGACGAUCGCCGCUGCUGCCUCUGCAAGAUCGAGUCUCCCACCGUGUUUAUCACGAAGGUAUCUCUCACCACCGCUUGAAUUCAGGACCGAAUUUGCUAGGUUUUUACUGUUAUAGUGUCACCGAUUGAUUAGUAGGUAGAUUCCGGUGUUUAUUUUAGUAGUUUUCUAUGUUUCUAUUAUUCUUUGAGGUUUUGAUGAGAUCGGGAAGGCAUAUAGAAGAGUUCAGACCCGUGUUUUCUUUUUUAAUUUCUAUUUUACGUGACUAUUUACAUGGGGAUAUGAUGAUCUGUGCAGGCAUUGGGAGAUUAUACUAGGGUAAUUACUGAUUUCUCACAGUUCCCCGUGGGGGUGUCAGAAGGCCAAGUGGGAAACUACUGGUACCAUGAGGACACACAGGCGUAUUUUGAUGAUGUGGACCACUAUCGAAUGAUCAAGGCAAUGUGCAGGCUAUCCUGCAGCAUCUGUGACCGAAGAGGGGAGGAUGCAGAGGGCGGUGGGAAGAGAAGGAGCCGCUUCAGGAACAUUGAGCAGCUGAAGAGCCAUCUCUAUCAUCGACACAAGCUAUUCAUGUGCACUCUAUGUUUAGAGGGAAGAAAGGUUUGUUUCUCCCAUUAAUGAUUACCAUGAUCUUGCCUUCAGGGAAAAUGCUUCAGCUAUAUUUCUGGCAUAUUAUUCAUACUUCUUACUGUUGUUUUGAUGAAGAAUCUCUCAGUCUGAUUCACGUGAGCGUCCAAUGGUUCGAAAUUUUCAAUUAGUCCUGGCUUCCAUUUCUUUGAUAGGGAGUUGGUUGCCUACAUUAUAUGUCCAUUUACUCAUAUGGUAGCCUGCUAAUGCUGGUUGAAAUGUGACAUAUUGCCUCGACUUCCACGCCCAAAUGUUAAGGGGGUAUCCAUCAGUAAUGUAUCUUUGUAUUUUCCUCUUCGAGAUGAAUAUAUAUUUGAGAUCCGCGGACUGUGCCUUCUUUUCUGCAAAUAGUACAAAGAGCAUUUUGUACUUGUUUAUUUUAAUAUUUUUAAAUUUAUGUUUGUAAUAUUUUAUAUAUCGAAUUACUUCUUGCCAAGGUUUCAGCUCUUGCUUCACCUUAUUGCCUGAACUGUAAUAGGGUGACCCUCCGCUAUGUUUACCUUUGUAAAAAAAAUUAUGUAGAAAGGAAAGAAGAUAAUUAGUGGUCUUCAAGACAGGCAGCCUCUUGGUGACAUUUAUUUCAGAAGCAUGCUUAUAAGAAAGACUCCAUAGUGGCAAGUGUUGCUUAACAUUUUUUGCGCUAUCAACUGAAAAGAAUUUAGGAAUGAGAGGGAUGCCUAUCUUUAUGAUCAUACGUUUGCUUUUGAAAUGAUUGAUAGAGGACUAAUUUCGACAUAUCCCCACGGAUUGAAGCAGACUUUUGGGUUUUUCCAGGUAGACAGUAAAAAUAGGAUGUGCAUAUUCCAAGAGUUACCACCAGCUGUGAAAUCUAGUUGGAGUUCAUUCUUGUCCUAUCAAACUAAAAUGAAUUGUUGAUGAAUUGAAUGGGCCCAACUUUAUAACUACGAGUUUACUUUUGUAAUAGCCGAAAUCGGACUAUUGUGAAAAAGUAAGUUGAAUUUAACUUGAUCAUUAUUUUGCCGACAAUGGUGAAUUAUUAUUUGUCUACAAACCUGUGAAGGAUUCAAAGUGCCAGUUCAGAGAUGUACAAUUACAUUUGCAACCAAUGCAAUGGAGUAGAUCUUUGAGUGUAGUAGCCGUGUUGCACGGAUAAACCUAAUAAUGUGCACUUUGGUUCGAGGUUCUGAUUUUGACUCCAUUUUUACUAGGGUUUGACUCAUCUUCAGUGAUGCCCUUGUUGUCAUUUCUCUUGUGGCAGUCUUACAUUUUUGCAUUUUCGGGUAGGAAUUGUUUUUGUUCUAAAUUUUCUUGGCCCUACGACAUAUUUUACGUGGAAUAUUAAUGACCGUGCAAUCUUGGAGCAGGUAUUUAUAUGUGAGCAAAAGCUUUAUACAAAAGCACAACUCAAUAGACACAUCAGUGGUGGCGACUCAGAGGUUGAUGGAUCUGAGAGUGAACGUGGUGGAUUCAUGGGGCAUCCCAUGUGUGAAUUUUGUAGAACCCCAUUUUAUGGGGAUAAUGAGCUCUAUACGCACAUGUCCACUGAACAUUACACAUGUCACAUAUGCCAAAGGUGGUUAAAUAUCUCUAAUUUUACAAAAUCGCUGUUUAUAGCUGAAUACAUGAUUCUCUACAAGCGCUAUAUUCUUUUUGCUGCAGGCAGCAUCCGGGGCAGUAUGAUUACUUCAGAAACUAUGAUGAUCUAGAGGUGACUGAAUCCCUCCUUACAUGAUUAUGAUGAUAUCUUCAUCACUUUCCUUUUUCUUAAGCAGCCCCCCUGAGCAGGCUAAGCUGAGCUAUGAUCUAUGCUUCAUUUUUCUUUGCAAUUUUUUUGAGAAGAAAUUGAUCGGUUCCAAUUCUUUCUUUUUCUAUUGAUUUAAUGUGAUCCGUUUAUUACAGUACUUGGGUCAAGUUGUGAUGAUUAAUUGCAUACACUAUCUAACUCUACAGAUUCAUUUUCGUCAAGAACAUCACCUAUGUGAGAAUGAGGCAUGCCUUGCCAAAAAGUUCAUUGUUUUCCCAUCCGAUUCCGAACUGAAGGUGACUUCUGUUCUCAAAUAUAUUAUAUGCUUAAAGUGAGAAAAGUUGGUUUAGAUUAAUCAACUUAUGAUCGUUCCCCACUUGGCAGAGGCACAAUGCAGUAGAACACGGAGGCAACAUGUCUCGGUCUAAACGAAAUGCUGCUCUUCAGGUUUCCUCUCUCAUUUAAUUUAACAAUUCAAUUUCUAAAAGUGUAGACGGAGAAUGCUUGGACAAAAUCAUCUUGAGAUUAAUUAUUUUCUUUGUUUUGGGGUCGGAUCAUCAGAUCCCAACCAGCUUCAGGUAUCGGAGGGCAGAACAAGAGCAAAGACGGGGGAGAGGCCAUGGCCCUCACAGUCAAUCUUCUGAUAAUCAGCUCGCCAUGGCCAUCCAAGCCAGCCUCGAAGCAGCAAAUACCAUGGAUAGCAGAGCCCGCGAUCCUGACCGCCAGCAGGUGUCUCGAGUGGAUGCUGUCACCAGUCGGAUCGAGUCUCUAGCAGUUGCACCGCCAGAACGAGCGCCACCACCAUCAAGACCCCCCUUACAGGCCAGCCAGAGUUCCAGGGAUGCACCGGUUAUAGAAGAAUCCUCCUUCCCUCCUCUUUCUGACCGGGAGCCGCCAGAGCCGUCCUCAAGGUAUGCUCUGGCGCUUGUUCAGGGAUCCACUGGGCCGUCCCGACUCGGAGGGGAAGCCUUUCCGCCCCUCCCUGGUGCAUUAGAAGCAGGUCAGCAGAAGCCCCCUGUCCAGCAGGGGAAGAGCACCAUUGCCGCCCAUCUCCGCCAACGGAGCAAGGUGGCCCUCCGCCCCGUCAAGGCUCGGCCCUCUGAGCACCCUGAGUUUCAGCCGCCCAUGCCCGUUAGCUCUCCCCAGCUGUGGCCCACGCCAAGCCAGGAAUUCAGGCCUUCAAAUUCCACUAGGAGCUCUUCUCAGCCCCGGGCGGCUGCAAGCUCCGACCCGACGAGCUCUUCUGGUAAGAAGACAAUCGGAAGCGAGCCUCCCUGGCCCAACAACAGUGCCAGUUCUUCAUGGGGUCUGAGCGGCACAAGGAGGUUAAGCCAUUCCUCAUCGGCCCCGGACCUCGUUGUGAAGGAUACUUCAACCAGCAAUGGAUUUCAGACCACCGGGCAGGUUGCCAUACCAGAUGAGGAAGCUAUCCGCACCGCCAAUAAAACCCUGGUGGAGAGGAUUCGUGUCGAUCUGGGGAAUGAUGGAGACAAAUUUGCCGUAUUUAAGCACAUAUCUUCUGAGUAUCGCCAGGGGUUGACCGACGCCAGGGAGUACCUCUCUUAUGUGGAGCAGUUUGGCCUCCUGCAUCUUGUUCCAGAGCUCGCCAGGCUAUGCCCAGACCCUCAGAAGCAGAUCAAGCUCCUGGACGCGUACAGCGCAAAGCUACAGACCAAGGGCCGCCGAGAGACUGGCGGCGGCACCAGUGCUGGGAAGCCGCAGACCAAGGGAAAGGGGAAAUCUGCAGAGCCGCCACCUGCGGCAGGCGGUGGGUCAAAGGAUUCCUUGGCUGAUGGGAUCCUGGAUACGGUCAGGAAGCUGCAGGCCACCUACAAGCCAGACGAGGAGGUGGAGGUGCUGUCCAAGGAUGGGUACAGGACUUAUAGCAAGGGGAAGCUGGUGGCUACCGCCCGGGAGGAUCAGCAGCCGCCUGGUGCCAGUGCCGACCAGAAUUCAGCUGCAGGGAGCAGCACAAAGCAGCGGCCAAAGAAGAUGUCCAGGUUCCACAGGGUGCGCCUCGGCGGUGAUGGCUCGGUGAUCCCUGAGCCGGCCGAAGAAGAGCCGCCUGCUUCAGGUGCGGAGGGGAAUCCUGUGAGGGGAGUCUGGCGGCACGGCGGGCAGAAGCUCUUUGCCCCCUCCGGUGGCCAUACAAGAUAA